UGUACGUGCAUCAGAGAGGCACUUGCCAGAAAGAUACGGAGUUUGGAGGCUCGUUUGUGUGUUCUUCGUCGCGUUUAUGAUUUUAAAUAAAUAAUAAGUCGUUACUGACUGCGAGUGUUAGUGUUUUAUAAUCGAAAUAUUCCCCUUUUUUACGGAGAAACUUUCCAAAAGAAAAACAGCGAUCGAGGUUGGAGGAGGUGUGUGACAGAAUGGCCCAGUGGAACCAGUUACAGCAGCUGGAGACCAGGUAUCUGGAGCAGCUCUAUCACUUGUACAGUGACAGCUUCCCAAUGGAGCUACGACAGUUCCUGGCCCCCUGGAUUGAGAAUCAGGACUGGGCUUAUGCUGCCAAUAAGGAGUCACAUGCCACACUGGUGUUCCACAACCUCUUGGGAGAAAUUGAUCAGCAGUACAGCCGUUUCCUGCAGGAGAACAAUGUACUCUACCAGCAUAACCUGCGCAGGAUAAAACAGCAUCUGCAGAGCAAGUACCUGGAAAAGCCGAUGGAUAUUGCCCGCAUUGUUGCCCGUUGCCUGUGGGAGGAGCAAAGACUGCUGCAGACCGCAACCUCUGCUGCACAGGAUGGCCAGGCAGCUCAUCCCACCGGGACAGUAGUGACAGAGAAGCAGCAGAUCCUGGAGCACAACCUUCAAGACAUCAGGAAGCGGGUGCAGGAUAUGGAACAGAAGAUGAAAAUGCUCGAGAACUUGCAGGAUGACUUUGACUUCAAUUACAAGACAUUGAAGAGCCAAGGAGAGUUGUCCCAGGACCUGAAUGGGAACAGUCAAGCAGCUGCCACCAGACAGAAGAUGGCUCAGCUUGAGCAGAUGCUGAGCGCCCUGGACCAGCUCAGGAGGCAAAUUGUGACAGAGAUGGGAGGCUUGCUGACUGCCAUGGAUUAUGUACAGAAGAACCUCACUGACGAAGAACUAGCAGACUGGAAGAGAAGGCAGCAAAUUGCCUGCAUUGGAGGUCCACCCAACAUUUGCCUGGACCGCCUCGAAACAUGGAUAACAUCCUUGGCUGAGUCCCAGCUGCAGAUCCGUCAGCAGAUCAAGAAGCUGGAGGAGCUCCAGCAGAAGGUGUCCUACAAAGGAGACCCCAUCAUCCAGCACCGGCCCGCCCUGGAGGAGAAGAUUGUGGACUUGUUCAGAAACCUGAUGAAGAGUGCUUUUGUGGUUGAGAGGCAGCCUUGCAUGCCCAUGCAUCCAGACAGACCUCUGGUCAUAAAAACAGGAGUACAAUUCACAAAUAAAGUAAGGUUGCUGGUGAAGUUUCCUGAACUCAAUUACCAGCUGAAAAUUAAAGUGUGCAUUGACAAAGAAUCUGGAGACGUGGCUGCAAUUCGAGGGUCACGAAAGUUUAACAUCCUCGGUACCAACACAAAGGUUAUGAACAUGGAGGAAUCCAACAACGGCAGCCUUUCAGCAGAGUUCAAACACUUGACCCUGAGAGAACAGAGGUGUGGAAAUGGUGGCCGGACCAAUAGUGAUGCCUCCUUGAUUGUCACAGAGGAGCUACAUCUUAUCACCUUUGAAACAGAAGUCUAUCAUCAAGGCUUAAAAAUCGACCUGGAGACUCAUUCCUUGCCUGUGGUAGUCAUUUCAAACAUCUGCCAAAUGCCAAACGCCUGGGCUUCAAUCCUGUGGUACAACAUGCUCACUAACCACCCAAAGAAUGUGAACUUCUUCACUAAGCCUCCUGUGGGUACGUGGGACCAGGUAGCUGAGGUUCUCAGCUGGCAGUUUUCCUCUACCACCAAGAGAGGCCUUACCAUUGAACAGCUCACAACUCUUGCUGAGAAAUUAUUAGGACCGUGUGUCAACUACUCUGGCUGUCAGAUCACUUGGGCCAAGUUCUGUAAGGAAAACAUGGCUGGCAAAGGCUUCUCCUUCUGGGUGUGGCUGGACAACAUCAUUGACCUGGUGAAGAAGUAUAUCCUGGCACUGUGGAAUGAAGGGUAUAUUAUGGGCUUCAUCAGUAAGGAGAGGGAGAGAGCCAUUCUUAGUCCAAAACCUCCUGGCACUUUUCUACUGCGCUUCAGUGAGAGCAGCAAGGAGGGGGGCAUUACAUUUACAUGGGUAGAAAAAGACAUCAGCGGAAAGACCCAGAUCCAGUCUGUGGAGCCCUACACCAAGCAGCAGCUCAACAGCAUGUCUUUCGCUGACAUCAUCAUGGGCUACAAGAUUAUGGAUGCCACCAACAUUCUGGUUUCACCUCUCGUGUAUCUUUACCCUGAAAUUCCCAAAGAGGAGGCUUUUGGGAAGUACUGCAGACCUGAAGCAGUUCCAGAACCUGAGAUGGGAGGAGACUCUACAAGCACUAUUCAGCCAUAUUUGAAGACAAAGUUCAUCUGCGUCACCCCGUGUCCCUCCGUGUUCAUGGACUUGCCAGACAGUGAGCUGCUUGGGAACGCAUUCCCAUGCACAAACUCUGGAAAUACCAGUGAUCUGUUUCCCAUGUCACCUCGCACCCUCGACUCUUUGAUGCAUAAUGAAGCUGAAGCCAAUCCAGGACAUUUGGAUUCACUCACUUUGGACAUGGACGUACAGUCUCCCAUUUGAAGAGAUGUGUCACCCUCUCUUCGUUUUCAUUGUCUAGAUUUCAUGUAAUGUUGUGUUAGAGGAUUUCAUGAUGAUUUAUUUUUUCCUCUGCGCACACAGUCUGCCUGUACAGUUUGUUUCUUGUACCUGUGUAAAAAUGACUCACUUUCACGCUGUAGAGAAUUGGAUGAUUUUAAAAGACCUUUUGAGGACGCCGUCUUCAACCUUCCACUUGUAGCUUUUUGUUUGACCGUUGUCGACCGAUACUGACCUGUUGUAUUUUAAGCAGCAUAAUGCUCGCAUAGAAUACUUUCCCAUCAUCACAGAUAUCUAAUUUUUAAUUAUAUUUUUUGAGAGCCUUGUAUUUCUGCGUUAUUGACUUUCAAAAUGAUUGUGUUGAACAAAAUGUAACUAGAGUAUUUCUUGUAUAAGCUACUGUAUGCCUCUUUGGAAUUGUGCUUUGAAAUGUUUUAUGAUUAAUGGUCUUUUUCAAUGUGUCAUUGCAUAUUAAAUCAAACAUCAAAAGCCAAAUCAUAAUGUAACUAAUACCAUGUUUUUGUGUCAUUUUAGCUUUUUCUCAAAAUAAGGUAUUUCUUAUAUUUCUCAGACUUUUAAAGUGUUAAAAACUGGAUAGAGGGAAGAGAUGUGGAAUUUUAAACAUGUUUGAGGUUAUUUCCUGUAACAGCCCCCCCUCCAAAGUGUUGUGAGAAAUAAUGUGACCUUACCUGUAAAAGUUGUGCACUUACAAAAAUGCAUUCCCACUUUACAAUAACUGUAAUUUGUGAUCACUUGUAUUACAAACGAUUUUAAAAUGAGCAGUUUAUGACUAUUUUUGAAUUAUUAAUUCACCUGAGUUAAUGAGUUGUUGAAAUCAUUUUUGAACAAUUUAAUGCGAGCCACAUUUUCUUCCCAUGAAAUGUCAAAAUGUUUCCUGUACAAAAA